GGAGCGUUGGCUGUUCUGGUCUUGUUCUCGUGGCCUCGUCUGGGUGUCUAGACUCGGUAGGCCGUAGGUCCCUUAGAUUGCCCCCCUGAACUCUAUGUACGCCAGAUGCCUGCUACCGAGGCCACAGUGGCUACCCCGAGAAACACGGUAAAUGAGCACAAAGGAGCCGGGGCAACGCAGGCCAAGGGCGAGUCAAGCCAAUGGCAAGCCAAUAGCAGGCCAAUACCUAGCAGCGCCCCGGACUGGCCGAGCACUCGCGCAGCACCGGAGGCGAGAGAUAAAGGAAGGUUGGUUGCUUGGGCGGGGCCGGCAGGAUUCCACUUUCCGCAUCCAGCACCUUGGCCGCCGCUGCCGUCGAGUCGGCAGGUGCGACGCUGGCCUGGUUGGCUCACCGAGACGCAGCCAUUGGACGAGCGGCUUAUCGAGAGCGGAGGAAAGAGGGGCGACUUCUAUGAUCGCCGGGCUCCAUGCUCAGACCAAGCCCAGGACCCCACACUCGCGCAAACACGGCGUCGUCGCGUGCGCACACAGACUGGGGAAAAAAAGUCAAGCUCGAUAUAAAACCUACCAUGGCGCCGCCCCGCAGCCGAGUGGCGUGUGUUGCCUCUGCCCGGUUGUUCGCGUGCUCGUUGCUGCUUGCCUCCGCUCUCUCCCAGAACCGCCGACUUCAACAUCCGGCGCAGCCCUGAGCUCAACGCUUGGCCGCCCAUCAUGAGCGCCCCCGACAGGGACAACGUGGCUACCACCGCCGCCGCCUCCCCGGCCCCGGCCCCGGCUCCGGCCCACGCCCCUCGCCGCGUCUCGACCGAGCGUGAGACCAUCGUCCCGGCCGACGCCCCCACCUACCGCGACACCACGGACGGCGUCUACCUCGACGAGAAGCAAGAUGCCAACCUGCGCGUCGGCUCGGCCGCGUCGUCGGCCGACAACAACCCCAAGGAGGCCGCCACGCGCUAUGGCGACGCUGCCAACUCGAGCGAGAAGCUGGGCUCGGUCGAGGCCGGCAGGCCUGAAGGAGAGGAGGAGGGGGAGAGACCAGGCCGCAUCAAGCGCUUCUACCGCCGCCACCGCACCGCCUGCAAGAUUGCCUUCCAGGCCUUGGUCUGGGUCGUGUCGACUGUCUGGCUCAUCUACGGCCUUGUCGGCAACGGCGGCGUCAACCGCUCCAACACGUACGGCUGGCUCAAGCCCACGCUCUUCUACAUCGCCACCUGUCUGCGCAUCUUCUUCAACUGGGUCCCGACCUCGGUCGUCAUGGUCCCCCUGAAGUUCGCGUGGGACAACUCGGUCGUGCGCGUCUACGACAUCAUCCCCAGCAGGCUGCAUCAGCCCUUGGCUGGCGCCGGCACCGUCGCCGUCUUCCUCGUCGGUGCCAUGGCCUCGGAUGAGUCGGGCGACAACACACGUGCCAAUCGCGCCGUCUCCAUCUUCGGCCUGCUCGUCAUGAUCGGCCUCCUGACGCUGACGUCGCGCAACUGGCGCGCCAUCCCCUGGCACACCGUCAUCGGCGGCAUGCUGACCCAGUUCGUCAUCGCCGUCUUCGUUCUGCGGACCCAGGUCGGAUUCGACAUCUUCGAGUUCAUCUCGUUCCUGGCCCGCUCGCUGCUCGGCUUCGCCAACGACGGUGUCAUCUUCCUGACUGCCGAUUCGGUCCCCCAGCUCAAAUGGUUCUUCACGGGCGUCAUCCCCGCCAUCAUCUUCUUCAUCGCCCUUGUCCAGUUUCUCUUCCAUGUUGGCCUCAUCCAGUGGUUCAUCGGCAAGUUCGCCACCUUCUUCUUCUGGAGUCUGCGCGUCUCUGGAGCCGAGGCCGUCGUGGCCGCCGCCACGCCCUUCAUCGGCCAGGGCGAGUCCGCGGUGCUGGUCAAGCCGUUUGUGCCCUACAUGACCAAGGCCGAGAUCCACCAGGUCAUGACGUGCGGUUUCGCCACCAUCGCCGGCUCCGUGCUGGUCGCCUACCUGGGCCUGGGCCUCAACCCCCAAGCCCUCGUCUCGUCGUGCGUCAUGUCCAUCCCUGCCUCGCUGGCCGUGUCCAAGCUGCGCUACCCCGAGACGGAGGUGCCGCUGACGGCUGGCAAGGCCGUCAUACCCAAGGACCAGGAGAGCAAGGCGGCCAACGGCCUCGAGGCUUUCGCCAACGGUGCCUGGCUGGGUAUCAAGAUCGCCGGCAUGAUCAUCUCGACCCUGCUCUGCAUCAUCGCCUUCGUCGCCAUGAUCGACGGCAUCCUCGGCUGGUGGGGCACCUACUGGGGCAUCGAGGUGGCGGGCCGCAAGCUGUCGCUGGAGCUGAUCUUCCGCUACGUCUUCUUCCCUGUCGCCUGGCUGCUGGGCGUGCCCAAGGAGGACUGCCUGCGUGUCGCCGAGCUUAUCGCCCAGAAGGUCAUCAAGAACGAGUUUGUCGCCUUCCUGACCCUGACGGGAGGCACUGGUCGCCCCGAGUUCAAGGCCAUGAGCCAGCGCUCCCAGCUCAUUGCUACAUAUGCCAUUUGCGGUUUCGGCAACAUUGGUUCUCUCGGCACCCAGAUCGGUGUGCUCUCGCAGAUCGCCCCUAGCCGCACCGGCGACGUGGCGGGACUCGCCGCCUCUGCUCUCUUCUCGGGCGUGUUGUCAACCCUCACGUCGGCCAGCGUCGCCGGCAUGCUGUACACGGAUGCCAUGGGCGCCGCGAUCCAGGCCGCCGGCAAGUCGUGAAACGGAGUCAUUGGGCUUGGUGAAGGUGUUCUGGCGCACGUAAGCGGAAAAAGACUGGGUAAUCUUGUUUGAUGUAACUGUAAUAUCCAUUCAUGGUCAAAAGAUGUAACUCGGAGGCGCAAAACCAAAGCCUCCAUUUCAGCCAUCUUGCCCGCUGCCGAAUGAUGAAGAAUGACCAGGGCGACCUUGCAGACAUGCCAGGAUGCUGCUCACGCCAGAGAUUACAAGUGGUUAAGAUUAUGUACAGGAGGGUCCAGUCAGCAUCCCAGAGGCCCGCCAGAGUCGUAAUUACAGGGUUCGGUCAAUGUCGUAUUGCCCCAUAAAAGCUGUCUGUCGCAUGCAUGCAACCCCUUCCCAGCAGCAGCUUCAACGCUUCUCGACCCGCGGGACCUCCUGCCCCUUCCACGCCAGCAACGCGACGGCGAUGACCAUCUUGACGGCGGCGGCGACCCAGAGCGCGGCGCCCAUGCCGGCCCCGGACCUCUGCAGGAAGCCGCCGCACAGCCCUCCGGCG